CCGCAGCCCAGAUGGCCGCGGGCGUCGCCCCGCCGCGCCUCCCGCCCCCCACCUUCGCCGCGCUCGAGUGGCCGCGCUCUCCCCCGCGCUGCUGUCCCCUCCCGCAUAGUGCUUGCCUUUGUUCCAGGAAUAGCGCUCCGGGUCCCCGCCGCUGCCUCUGGGCCUGGCUCCGGAGCGCGCCGCCGCCCUGUGCGGCCAGCCGGGCCCCUCCCGCGGGCACUUGGACUGGGGCCCGCGCUCCAGCUGCGGGCCGGGCUCCCGUGACACACCCGCCAGACCACCCAGCGCCCGGCCGCCGCGGGCCGCCUCCGCCAGACCGACCGCCAGGCCUGCAGCGCGCCGCCCGGACACCCGCGCUGCCACCGCCGUCCACCGCGGUCCCGCGCGCGCCCUCGACGGCCUGGGGCCCCAGCGAUGUGGGCUCAGCCACGAAGUGUCUGAGCCGGCCGCGGCCCCUGGACAGUGACUCCAGCAGCUCGCCACCCACCGCGUCCCCCGCCCCCGAGGGGCGGGCCGGCCUCUCACCUGCGGCGGGACCCGUCGCCCCCUCCUCCCAGAGACCUCUUCUGCUCCUGCCAGAUGGCGGCCAGGUCCCAGGGGUGCCUGGCAGCCAGCUCCAGCCGCUCGUUUUCUUUCUCCCGUGGACCUGGUCGUUUUGCCCAGAACCCAGUUCUCUUCUCAGUUCGCAUUAUUUUCUUAGGUGUUUUUUCGCCAGCAUAUUACUCUGACAUUCUGCACAACUCCUCAACACUACCUGGACAUAUGUCUUUUCUUUCUUUUCAGUAACGCUAUUAAAAAAGAAAUGUCUCAGUAAAUAUGGCACUCCUCCUUCCCUGUUUCUGUAAAGGGGUCCAUGUCUUGUUCAGAAGAGCUUUCCCUGUCAAUUCCAUGAGUAAUAUUAGAGACACUCUUCUCUUUGUUGAUUUUUGCAUAUAAAACAUCAACGUUAGAAUCCUCUGGUGGUCGGGGAUGGAAACCCCACUGGCAACUGGUCAGUCCCAGAUGAUGACUCCUUUGAACCAGUUAGGAUUGUUCCAAGCCUCUUAAGAAAUGGAUCUUUAUUUUGCCUGAGGCACUGUGAGAAGUCAUCCAGGAGGUUACUCUGAAAAGGUUUUCUCAUUUCCAAAAAGUCACUUGAAUGUACCCAAAUUGUCAAAGACCAUGCGUCCCACAUAGAUGAUGAAACAUGUCAAAGUUUUAGUUAACCCAUUUUCCAGGAAACCAGCAGAAUGAUAUAGGUGCUUUAAAAACCAUUUAUAGAACCUUCAUUAUGUGGGGACUGGGGGUAGGGAGAGAAGCAUGCACAGAUGAGUUUGUUUAUGUACAAAGUUGGUUGAUGACCUAUAGAACAAUAAAUGUAUAAACUUACCUAAUAAGCA